UUAACCUCCCCUUUAUUUCUCUGUCGCUUCGUCGACUAUUCUGCAACUCUCUCCUUUUUCGUUUCUUCUCUUAAUCUCCCUAAUUUCUGCUUGGUUCUCGUCAUUCCACGAUUAGAAAUCGCACAUCGCUCCACUAAGUAUUGUUUUCUCGGAAAAUUAAGCAGCAAAUGAUUGAACAAACCUUGGAAUCUAUUGUCAUUAGUUGGAAUUUUUUUGUCAUGAUGUUACGUGUUUGAUGUUUUGGCGCAUUCAAUGGUUGAUUAAACGGUUACAUUAUGGAUCAGAAAGCCGCAUCACUCUGAUGAAUGCAUUUCGUAGUAUCUAUUCCAUAAUCCUUUUAAUGUGGGUAGGCCCAUUUGGCUGUUCUAGAAAUGUAAGGAAUGAUUGAACCUUGAAGAGAGAGGAUUUGCUGGUCCCUCGUUUCUUAUUUUCACUUUAAGUAGGCUCCCGGUGGUCUAGUUCUCUUUUUAACCAUUUCGCAUCGCAACAUCUUUGCGAGAGACGUAGGUUCAAGAAUUAUAGUGUAAAAGGAUAAAAUGUCUUCUCCUAGCAAGAGGAGGGAAAUGGAUGUAAUGAAGUUGAUGAUGAGCGAUUACAAUGUGGAGACAAUAAAUGAUGGGCUGAAUGAAUUUAAUGUGGAUUUUCAUGGUCCUAAAGAAAGCCUUUAUGAAGGUGGGAUCUGGAAAAUACGGGUUGAGCUUCCUGAUGCAUAUCCAUACAAGUCUCCUUCUAUUGGGUUUGUGAACAAAAUAUUCCACCCAAAUGUUGAUGAACUUUCUGGUUCUGUAUGCUUGGAUGUUAUCAACCAGUCAUGGAGUCCAAUGUUUGAUCUUUUGAAUGUUUUUGAGGUUUUCCUACCACAGCUGUUGCUUUAUCCUAAUCCUGCAGAUCCACUCAAUGGUGAUGCCGCAUCAUUGAUGAUGAAGGAUCGAGAAAAGUAUGAUAAAAAAGUGAAAGAGUACUGUGAACGAUAUGCCAAAAGGGAAAAUAUUAUGAACUACAAAGCUGAAGAGCAAAGUGGCGAGGAGGACAUCAGUGAGGAAGAAAGUGGAUCAAGCGACAAUGAUAUUGCUGGACAUGUAGACCCAUAAAGGGUUUGCGGGAGCUUUACUGUGCUGGAACUUGGAUUAAACACCCCAAACCCCACAAUAACAGGGCGAGGAACGCUAUAGCAUAAUUUACAUGUUUACAUCUUCAAAAAUAUAGUUCUGCAGCCACCUUUCAUUGGCUUGUAAAAGGAUAAAUGAUGUAGGCAAAUUUUUCCCUGUAUAGGAACAGUGGGAUUGUUGAAGUGUAUUAUUCAUUUGAUUGUAUGGAUACUCUUCUGGAAAUGGACAGAAAGAAUCAGACACUUCUGCUA